CUCUGGAUGACGUUCUUGCAUUUAAAAGCCAAGUACUGUGGCCGUUAUUUAAUAUUGUAAUACCGUUGAAGUGUAAGAGGACAGCAUAUUAAGAAAAUCAGAUAUUAUUUCUCAGAGUGGACGGCAAGUGGCAGCCAGAGAAUGGUUCAAAUGUUGGGGCUUCUCUCGACGGCUGCUUUGCCUUUACGGAUCGCAGUAAAACCUUGUGUACGCAGUUCAGUGGUGUCAGCAAGGAAUGUAUUUGUGCUGCCCGUCUACCGUGGCUGUUCUGUAAGGAUUCUUGCACAAAAUAAGUUGUCAUCUCAUGGAUUCUAUUCAUCUCAUGGACUACUAUACUCCGCUGAGCUUCCAAAAGAGGGUAAAGGGAAGGAAUCACGUGGCAGGGGAGGCCGUCGAAGUGGCAGCAAAAGAGCAGGGAAAGAUUGGUGGAGCCGCAUGAAGAUGGGAGACAUCCCAUGGGAUGAGAAGGAGUUCCUUGCCCUGGCAAUGCUAGUAACUGGGAUAUCAUCUGCCGCACUCUACUAUCAGUUCACUGACACAGCCAAGGAGAUCACCUGGAAGGAAUUUGUCUAUCAUUACCUUAGCAGAGGAAUGGUUGACCGUUUAGAGGUUGUCAACAAACAGUAUGUGAGAGUCAUUCCAUUACCAGGGGCUGAUGAGAGCCAUGUGUGGUUUAACAUCGGUAGUGUGGACACCUUCGAGAGGAACUUGGAGGCGGCUCACCACGAGCUGGGUGUGGAGUCCUCUCAUAGGGCAGCUGUUGUGUACAGCUCAAAAAAUGAUGGGACAUUAUUGAUGCGUGUGAUCCCCACCCUGGGGUUGAUUGGUUUCCUGCUCUUCUCCCUGCGACGGGGACCAAUGGGAGGUGGUGAUUGGACCGCCUUCACCCCAUUCAGUAUCAGGGAAUCACCAGCGAAGAUGAUGUACAACAUCAACACCAAGUUCAAGGAUGUGGCCGGCUGUGAGGAGGCCAAGUUGGAGAUCCUGGAGUUUGUUAACUUCCUGAAGAACCCCCAGCAGUACCUGAACCUGGGGGCCAAGAUCCCAAAGGGUGCUGUGCUCUCUGGACCUCCAGGCACAGGCAAGACCCUGCUGGCCAAAGCCACAGCAGGAGAAGCCAAUGUCCCCUUCAUCACAGUCAAUGGCUCAGAGUUCCUGGAGUUGUUUGUGGGUGUUGGGCCUGCCAGGGUGAGAGACAUGUUUACCUUGGCCCGGAAGAACGCCCCCUGUAUCCUGUUCAUAGAUGAGAUAGACGCAGUGGGCCGCAAGAGGGGCGGGGGAAAUUUUGGGGGCCAGAGUGAGCAGGAGAACACACUCAACCAGCUGCUAGUGGAGAUGGAUGGGUUCGAUACCAGAACUAACGUGGUUGUCCUGGCGGGUACCAACAGACCGGACAUCUUGGAUCCUGCACUAAUGAGGCCUGGUAGAUUUGACAGGCAGAUUUACAUAGGCCCACCUGACAUCAAAGGCAGAGCGUCCAUCUUCAAAGUGCACUUACGGCCCAUCAAACUGGACCCUGCUAUGGCCAAAGACGGAUUGGCCAGGAAGAUGGCUGCCGCCACACCAGGCUUCACUGGAGCCGACAUAGCUAACGUGUGCAACGAGGCUGCCCUAAUCGCUGCUAGACACCUCAACCCACAUGUGGAAGGAAAACACUUUGAGCAGGCCAUCGACAGGGUCGUCGGCGGUCUUGAGAAGAAGACCCAGGUGCUGCAGCCCAAUGAAAAGAAGACUGUUGCAUACCAUGAGGCUGGACAUGCAAUUGCGGGCUGGUUCCUGCAACAUGCUGACCCACUGCUGAAGGUGUCCAUCAUCCCCAGAGGGAAGGGGUUAGGGUAUGCCCACUACGUUCCCAAGGAGCAAUACCUGUACACGCGGGAGCAGCUGUUUGACAGGAUGUGUAUGAUGCUGGGAGGACGUGUGGCUGAAAAGGUCUUCUUUGAGAAAAUCACCACAGGAGCUCAGGAUGACCUGAAGAAGGUCACCCAGUCAGCCUACGCACAGGUAGUGCAGUUUGGGAUGAGUGAGAAGAUAGGCCAGGUGUCGUUUGACCUGCCUCAGCAGGGGGAGAUGGUGAUGGAUAAACCUUACAGCGAGGCCACGGCAGAGCUCAUAGACCAGGAGGUCAGAGACCUGGUGGACAGCGCCUACCAGAGGACCAUGGAGCUCAUUGUGGAAAAGAGGGAGUGUGUGGACAUGGUGGGGAAGCGUCUCCUAGAGAAGGAAGUCCUGUACAAGGCGGACAUGUUGGAGCUGCUGGGGCCACGGCCGUUUGAGGAGAAGUUGACAUAUGAGGAUUUUGUGGAGGGGACUGGCAGUUUUGAAGAGGACACCAGCCUGCCAGAGGGCCUGAAGAACUGGAACCAGGAGAGGGGACGUAGCUGAGGAGCCUGCCCCAGUUAAGGAGAAACGGAGCCAAUAGGCAGGACACCCAGUGACUGGCGACCUCUUAGGUUUUAGGUUGUCUCAGCACAACAUGCAUCACUUCAAUCAUGUAGCCUAGGCAGAAGGGAGGUUUGGGUGGACUUAGCGUAAUAGUGUCCAGGGACAUAUUUAUCUGAGUUCAAAGUAAACUUUCAAGCCCGAUUUCAGAUCUUUGAAUGCCAUAUUUGGGGUGAGACACGUUUUACUCAAAGGAAGAAUAUGAUUGACAGCAGACUCAUUGAGAUUUGCUCUUUUUAGGAGUUUGAUUUACUUCUCUCCCCACAUGUUUGUCAUAACUGAAUCAUGUACAGUUGGGUACAAAAUGAUUGGCACCCUUGAUGAAGAUGAGCAAAAAAUACAAAGGGAGCUAUAUUUUAUGCAACUUUUUUAUAAUACAAUUGCUCCGAGAAGGAUAAUUGAAUUAACAAGUGAUAUUUUCUGUUGAAAAAGAUGGGGGGGGGGGGGGAUUAUUGGCACCCUGGUUUUCAAUAUCUCACCUUGCGAGGAUAAGGGCACUGAACUUUUCCUAAAAUGUUUUAUGAGAACGCAUUGGGAGGGAUCUUAGACUAUUACUCCAUACUGAAUCUUUCCAGAUCCUUGAUAUUCUUUGUCUGCCCUUAUGGACUGCCCACUUCAAUUCAAACCACAGGUUUUUGAAUGGGGAUCAAGUCCGGAUACUGAGUUGGCCAUGGCAAAAUAUUGAUUUUUGUGGUCAAUUAACCAUUUUUCUUUUGUGGAAUUUGUGUGCUUGGGGUUGUUGUCUUGCUGGAAGAUCCACUGGUGGCCAAAUUCAAGCCUCCUGGCAGAGGCAACCAGGUUUUUGGCUAAAAUGUCCUGGUCCUGGGUGAAGUUCACGGCACCUUUUGACCUUAAUAUUUUACACAAGGUAUGGGGUUCAUUCUUUUGACACAAAGCACCAUGGGUUUGAGUGGUCAAACAGCCUCAGUACUUUUAUCUUUACUCAUCUUUAUCAAGGGUGCCUAUAAUUUUGGACCUGACCGGACAUCUGCACCAUAAGACCAGAUUGUUUAGCUAUUUAUUUAAAAAGGGACUUCCUCGCUGUAAAAUGAAAUUCACAACUAUUUGUUUCCUUCCCACGAAUGAAUGCUACAUUUCUAAUCUUGUUCAUCUUUAUCUGCCAAUGACAAAGUUACUGGUUAUGAAAGAUGCACUGCUUAGAGUAUUAAUAUCCUAGUUCAUCAAAAUGCUAGAAAUAUACUUAGAUGUGUGGACAUUUGCACUGCCUCCAUCUCUCAGGCUUGCAAUUGUAGGGUGUGAAAGCUUAAAGGGAUACUUUAGGAUUUUGGCAAUAUAGCCCUUAAUUUAGUUUCCAGAGUCAGAUUAAUUGUCUGAUUGUAGUUUGAAGAAAGUUGCUAACUACCAUUAGUGCAAUGCCUGGAAGUCAAUGGUAACUGCUAGCAUGCUAGUAGAUCCCAUAGACUUCCAGUCAUUGCGCUAAUGGUAGUUAGCAUUGGCUCGCAAAACUACCUCUAACUUCUUUCAUACUGGAUGCAGAGACAUAMAAAUGGUGUCCGUGAGUUCAUCAGACUCUGGCGACGUAGACAAAGGGCUUCAUUGUUCAAAAUCCUGAAGUAUCCCUUUGACCACAAAUUAUAACUGACUAUGCUCUGAGUUUGUUUUUAAGGAUGCUAUGCUGCUCCAGGAAAGUGUGCUGUUGAAAAAUGUACAGUAGCGCACAUCUCCUACAGAAUUGUAAACAAGUUGCUACCUCACUUCAAAGCGACGUAUUAAACUCAAUUGCCUUCGUAUAGGUUUGUGAAAAUGUCUUGCCUUCCCCAAAUAGGAUUUCCUGUGUCAGUACUACAAAUGUUUCUACCAUUUUAACUGAUCAGCACUGAAGAUUCCUGAUAGUUUAUAAUUAUUGAUUUAAUACUCGAGUAUUGUAAAUAUGUUUGCAUAAAAUGUAUGUGUAGUUGAUGGUGGUUUGGAUUGUGUGCACUUACCACCUUAACAGGCAAAUGUACCUUAUGUUCUCCAAUUACUGGGGGACAGAAAAUAGUUAUCCAUUUAGAUUAAAAAUAAGAUGCUGUGUAUGAAGGCAAUGGGUAUACUACCAUGUAUAAAGUAUGUUUUUUGUUUCCUCUGCUCACUGCCACCAACCAUCUGCUUGUAAUUUCACAACUUUUUUAWUGUUACUUUCAAUAAACUGUUUGCUUUUGAUUGCA